CGGGCUGGCGGGCGCUGCGGCGACCGCGGCGGCUGCUUCCUCGGGCCAUUUUGCUGAGGAGCGACGGGGAGGAGGAACUGCUGAGGAGACCCAAGGCGAGGAGCGGCGAGCCGGAGGAGGCGGCGGCCGCGCGCGCACCGGGCUUUCCUCGAUUGCGGGGAUCUCAAGGGGCGAAGGGAAUCGCCGGGGAGGGGGACCGGAGAGCCGCGCCUGCCGCGCGGCGCGCCCCUUCCCGCCCCCUGCACCAUGAGCUGGGGCACCGAGCUCUGGGAUCAAUUUGACAACUUAGAAAAACACACACAGUGGGGAAUUGACAUUCUUGAGAAAUACAUCAAAUUUGUAAAGGAAAGGACAGAGAUCGAACUCAGCUAUGCAAAGCAACUCAGGAACCUCGCAAAGAAAUACCAACCUAAAAAGAACUCGAAGGAGGAAGAAGAAUACAGGUAUACGGCUUGUAAAGCUUUCCUUUCCACCCUGAACGAAAUGAAUGAUUACGCUGGGCAGCAUGAAGUUAUCUCCGAGAACAUGACCUCGAACAUCACUGUGGAGUUAGCCCGCUAUGUCCAGGAACUGAAGCAGGAGAGGAAAUCGGUAACAAAAGUUUGUUUUUUCUUCCUAAGAGAUGGACCAGGGGUAAUGGGAAUAUCCUAGAAGCUU